AUGUUGCGGUUCUUCGUUUUCGCUGCCCUUUUCCUCGCAGUUUCCGCUUCCGAUGUGAGUUUUUGAGAUUUUUCAGAGGAAAAUAGGAACAAGAGUUUUUCAGUUUGUAUUGGUUUCCAAGAGUUUCAACACUGUUUAUGCAAUUCAAAAUUCUCCUUUCACUGUUGAAUACGUCAUUUACAACAAAAAAUCUCAGGAUAUCACAAAUGUAAGUGCCAAUAUGAAUUUUAUUUCCAAAACCCUCUUUUUUUCAGGUUGAACUCAAUGAUCAACAAUCGUUCCCAACCAAUAAAUUCGACAUCGGAAACGGAAACUUGAAAGUGGUUUACAAUCGAAUUCCUGCUGGAAGCAAUGUCACUCACGCAAUUGUUGUCGUUCCAAAAAUCACCGGAGAACAACACAGCCUUCCAGCCAAUUUGACAUAUUUCGAUGCUUCUCGUGGUGAACACGUUAGAGGACAAUCAAACUCGGGACAUAAAUGUGAGGAUUUUAUUGAAAAGUUAGCGUUGGAAUUUUGAAUCUAGGUUUUAUACUUGAACUCACAUUUUGAAUGUUCUGUGAACAUUUUAAUUUGGAAGAAAUUUUCAAAACAGUUCACGUAAUUUUGCAAAAAAGUGCAUUUUUUCCAGUCUACAUCUACCAUCCAUCAUCUUAUCAACGUCUUUUCGCAUCGCGUUUGGAAACUUUCGCCGUAUUUGCAAUGAUUUGCGGACCAAUCACAAUUCUUUCUCUAUUCUUUUACACAAUCAGUGCAACUCGUUACGAAAUCGCUCCGAAGAAACAAGUCAAAAAUUGA